UCGUACAGUAGUGCAAACUAAUUAACAGUACAGGGAUGACCAGAGACUGCGGACAACAGUACAGGGAUGACCAGAGACUGCGGACACAGUACAGGGAUGACCAGAGACUGCGGACACAGUACAGGGAUGACCAGAGACUGCGGACAGUACAGGGAUGACCAGAGACUGCGGACACAGUACAGGGAUGACCAGAGACUGCGGACACAGUACAGGGAUGACCAGAGACUGCGGACAAAGUACAGGGAUGACCAGAGACUGCGGACACAGUACAGGGAUGACCAGAGACUGCGGACA